UAUCACAAUAAUGGACAAGCCAGAGCAGGAAUUGGAUGGCAGCAGGACUUUACCUGGCCAAGUGAGACCCCAACCAAACACAGGGGAGAUGGCUGAACCUAAUAAUUCAGGUGACGAUGACAAUGAGUGGGACUGCGCCGAGGAGAAACCUAUGCAUGGCGCUAACGAUGACUACGAUUCCUGCUGGGACGCUGUGACAAAAGUCGGACUCGUUAUAGUAGGAAUAUUCCUCUUCAUAGUUGUUUUCUGGUCGGCUUGUCUGUCAAGAGUCAUCAUUCACAUCAUGAUAUGGAAACUGAACCCACCCUAUACCAACAGCAACUUCACAUUGAACAAAUUGGGGGGAACCUUACAAGUGCAGUCUGAGAGGAUGGAACUUAAGGUUUGUGACAACAUUGCUAACGGUUGCAUAAAAGGUCAAGUUCUGAGGAAUGGACUGCCGGUGUCGUGGGAGUGCCGUGACAAGACAGCUACCACUUGUUUGUUGUUGGAGGACAUCCCCUCUGUUAACGUAGGCUGGAUCUGGGGGCUGCUUAUAAUCAUGUCUGUACCGUACUUAUACACUAUGGCCAUGUCUCUCUGGAAAUCAUGCUUCAAGAAAAACAAAGUAGACAAUUUUGAUAUGAGGGUAUUUUUACUCAGCUUGACAAUAGAAAUAAUUCAUUCGACUGGUCUGUGUAUCAUGGUAUUUCUUGUGAUGCCAGCUUUCGACCCAGCAUCUGCCUCUGUUCUUCCGUACUUUGUAUGUGUUAUUCCGGUUCUCUUAAGCGUCAAGUUCCAAGUUAAACAAGAGGAGAACACAAAAGUGAAAAAGAAUAGAAAUAGACAAUCAAGCUCAACAAUGAACGGCGGGGUCAAUAAAAUAAACGUUCGCGAGGCCCCAGAUGCCAUGAAACAUAAUGACUUCAAGUAUGAUACAAUUCCCUUCAUAGGAGCUGUCAUCUUCAUUAUGGGGAUGGGAUUUUUAACUUUAUAUGUAUACUACAACUCGCAAAGCCAUAACAUGGUUACUACCCUUGUAUUGCUGUUAGUAUCAGUGAUCAUGGUGUCCGUUAUUUGGUGGGAAAACUUUGUAACAUCAAACAUUACACAGAAGACCGAUGGCAAAAAUCAAGAAAAGUCUUUCUUGACGAAAUAUGUGAAAUCUAAACGAGAUACAGUGUCUAUCCUGACCUACUUUUUAAAGAUCGGGUGGACAUUCCUAGCCACUUUAAUCAUCUAUGUAAUUCAAUCCAAAGAAAGUACUCUGAUUACAGUACGAACUUUACUGUAUUUGGAGGAUGCUGCAACAGUGCAUACUUUAAGUGGAACCAUCCGCUUGGAAUCCAGGUCAUAUAUAACGUUCGGGUGCAUGACCUUUAACCCUUAUCUUAUGACAGUAGUAUGUUUCAUUCUCACUUUUGUGUUCUUCAAAGCGUCUCGUUAUACAUGUCGGAUUGUAUUACAAAGGAGAUCUUUUGCCCCUCCGAUUGGUCUAAAUCUCUUGUUGAUGCCCUUUGUGUUUGUCAUACUUAUGAAGUACCCACUAGCCUUUACAACGGAGGGAUGUAACGUUCUACAGCCUUUGUGGGAACUUGACUAUGGUAAUUCUGUGGAGCGUCUAUGGCCACUGAUUGUUUCUGGUGUUCUUGGUUUAACGUCUUUGGCUAUUUUAACAUUAUAUGUUUGGUCAACUGACGGAGCGAAGAUGGAGAAAGUAGAAAGAUUGUUUAUGAAACCUGCGUACUGUGGAAUAUUUCUUGACUUGUCUCUGUUGUUAUCAAGGCGGCGAUAUCUAUAUGAUGUUGACUAUAGUACAAACAGAAAGGCAGACGACAAGCCAAAAGAAGUGUACUCUCCCUUGGUCUAUUUCUGUGCAACAAUGUGGCAUGAAACGGAAAACGAAAUGACACAACUUCUGAAAUCUAUAUUCAGGGUUGAUAUGGAUCAGUGCUGGAAAAGGCAAGUCCAGUCCAUGAGACAAGAACAAAGAAGAAGCUUCUAUGACGAGGAUAUUUAUGAUUUUGAGGUUCACGUUUUCUUUGACGAUGCUUUCAAACCCCGGAAAGUGAACGGUAAACUGCGAAAUGGAAGGAAAGUGAACGAUUUUGUAAAACUUCUUGAAGAAUGUGUCCCGAAAACAGCUAAAUCCAUAUAUGGAAAUUACGAGCUCGAACCUGUCAGAAAGUUUGAGACCCCAUACGGUAUGAAGUAUGAAUGGAUGCUUCUUACAGAAGAUGCCAAAUUAAUUGUUCAUCUAAAAGAUAAGAUGAGAAUAAGGCAUAGAAAGAGAUGGAGUCAGGUGAUGUACAUGUAUUAUUUACUGUCCUUCGAGUUAAACAAGAUGAAACCAAAAUUGGAAGAUAAAUGUAAAGAACUAUCCAAAAGUAUGAAAGAAAUGGUCCACAAUCUCUCGGAGAACACUUUCAUUCUAGCGCUGGAUGGUGAUGUCGACUUCAAACCGGAAGCGGUGACGCUGUUGUUAGACCGAAUGAGAAAAAAUGCAGAUGUUGGAGCAGCUUGUGGAAGAAUACAUCCCAUUGGAUCUGGGCCAAUGGUGUGGUACCAGAAGUUUGAAUACGCAGUCAGUCAUUGGUUGCAGAAAGCAACAGAGCAUGUAAUUGGUUGUGUUCUUUGCUCGCCCGGAUGUUUCAGCCUUUUCCGUGGAUCCGCCGUUUUAGCCGAUAAUGUCAUGAAAACAUAUACUAGAACGGCAACAGAGGCUAAGGAGCAUAUACAAUAUGACCAAGGUGAAGAUAGAUGGCUGUGUACACUCAUGCUUAAAGAGGGAUUCCGAGUAGAAUACUGUGCAGCUUCUGAUGCAUUGACCUUUGCCCCGGAAGGAUUUAACGAAUUUUAUAAACAAAGGCGACGAUGGGCCCCAUCUACCAUGGCAAAUAUUCUAGAUUUGCUUCUAGACUGGAGAUAUGUGAAGAAAAAUAAUGACAGCAUUUCAAUGUUGUAUAUUAUUUACCAUAUAUUCCUCUUUGUAUCUUCAAUAUUGACCCCUGGCACUAUUUUCCUUCUUAUUUUGGGCGCUAUAAUUACAGCUUUUCCUUCCAUAGAACCGUGGUUGGCAUUGAUUCUCAACUUGGUACCUGUUAUUGUUCUAUCAAUGUCCAUCUUCUUAGCUAAAGAAGACACACAGCUCAUGUUAGCGGGAAUCAUUUCUACGAUAUACAGCCUCGUUAUGAUGGUGGUGUUAAUCGGUUUGAUAAAAGAGGGCGUGGAAUCACAGUUCUGUUCUGUCACCACGGUCUUUUUCUGUUUUGUGGCGGGGGUAUUCGUCGUUGCUGCGCUAAUACAUCCACAGGAAUUUACGUGCAUAUUCCAUGGCCUGUUGUACUUUCUGGCAGUACCUUCUAUGUCAAUGCUCUUGAUUCUUUAUUCCCUCGGAAAUAUGCACAAUAUAAACUGGGGAACUAGAGAGAACAAGACAGCCGCGGGUCAGGAUGUAGUUAUCAGAAAGAAAAAUAAAUUGGAAGGACAGACAUGUUCUAUUGGGGACUGGUGUCGCUGUAUGCUUUGCGUUCGAGAGAUUCAAGAAGAAAGUCAGGAGGAGACAAAGAAUGAAACAUCCAAAAAUACGAUAGAUAUACAGGAUAAAAACAAAGUAGAGACCACGCCAAUCCAAACAAUUGAUGUUCAGAAAAAGUCUUCAGUUGAAAAGAAACCUACUUCCAUAGAUACACCUAAAGGAGAAGAUAAAACAAAGCACGGUGAUUUCAAGAACUCUGAAGAUAUUCCAGAAGAGGAAAGAAAAUUCUGGAGGGGUUUGAUAAAAAAGUAUCUGAAACCAACAGAUAUAAAUCCAGACGAACAACAGAGGGUACAGGAAGACUUACUAGAACUUAGAAAUAAGGUUUUCUUCUUUGUUUUUAUACUGAAUGCUUUAUUCGUAACGAUCGUCUAUGUGCUUACACAAGUCAAUGCCUACCAGGGGACGCUUGAGAUUCCGCUCCCUUGUAAUGUGGCAGGAGGCGAGCAGGGAGUUAUAGAGCCUAUCUCGAUAGCCUUCACAAUGACCUUUGGUCUGUUACUACUUAUCCAGUUCUUCGGAAUGAUUUACCACAGAGUGUCAACUCUGACCCACAUUAUUGCAUCAACCCGGCUAGAAAAGCAAACACAAAUAAAAAGACCGACGUUUGGUGGAGAAGCGGGAAGGGAAAUGGCAACAACGAUAGAUGAGGCGCCUAAAAAUGCGGAAUUAACGGGUGGGGAACCAGACAAGCCCGGAGAUGGAGCUCGGAAAGGUUGGAGCAAGUUAAGGGCAAGCGUGCAGGUAAGCUCUGCUCUGCGAUCAAUAUCAGGAGAAAGAAGGAGAAAGCCGGAGGCUUUAGAAAAACUUAGAAAAGUGAUAAAAGACGCAACAAAAAAUCCCAUAAAUACUAUACAAGAAGAUGAGGAAGAUGAUGACGUUUUAAGUAAAUAUCCCAACACACCUGUAAUAAUACAGAGUAUCAGAAGUCUUCAAAAGGAAGAAAAUGAAAUGCCAAGUACUUCAAACGUCUAAUAUGGAGAGGAAAACAAUAAAAAAUCUCUAUUUAGGAUAAAAUUUUUAUAAACGCAAGUUCUAUUAUUUCUCUUUGAAUUUCAAUUAAUGUA